AUGGUGAUGAACCCGCUAAUAAAGAAGGCCUACUGGUCGCUGGCGGCGAUGGGGGCACUGUAUUUUGUGUUUUUGGGCUGCUUGGCGAAUCCGUGGGUGCAGCGCAAUGCGAUCUAUAUGAACCUCCUCAAAGUCACCUGGCGCCAGGACCUUACGAAGCCGGAGGAGUUUGGGUUUGCUAAGAAUCAAGUCACGCCGUUCUUCCUGGACACGCCGGACGGUGAGAAGAUCUUUGCGUGGCAUGUGCUGCCGCUGGGACUGUACAAGGCGCACCGCGACGACCUGGUCAAGCAGCCAGAUGGUAUCCCGGAAAAUGUGUUGCAGUCGGAGGGGAUUAAGUUGUUGAUGAGCGAUCCGGAGGCGAGGUUGAUUAUUCAUUUCCAUGGGAAUGCCGGUACUGUCGGCGCUACCUGGCGCCCUACCUACCUCCGCUCCCUCUCCGCCGCCGACCCCUCCAAGAUCCACAUCCUGACCAUCGAUUACCGAGGCUUCGGUCUCUCCAGCGGCACUCCCUCUGAGCACGGCCUCAUCACCGACGGCCUCACCGCCGUCCACUGGGCGCUCGACACCCUCGGGCUCCCGCCGUCCCACGUCGCGCUCGUCGGCCAGUCACUCGGCACAGCCGUCACCUUCGGCGUCGCCGAGAGCCUGAUCACGCAACCCCGCCCCGUCGAGCUCGGCGCCAUUAUUACCAUCGCAGCGUUCACGAAUAUCAAGGAGCUGGUCGUUACGUAUGCCAUUGGUGGGGUGGUGCCGAUCUUGUCACCGCUGCGGCCAUACCCGUUUCUGCAGAAGCUGUUUUCGGGAUUUAUCGUGGAGCGCUGGGAGAGCGAUGAGCGUGUCAAGACACUGGUUAAGCAGAGUAAAAAGCUAAAGCUGAUCCUGCUGCAUGCGUAUAACGACUUUGAUAUCCCAUGGUCACACUGUGACCGACUAUUUUAUGUUGCAGCCAACGCGACGGGGGAGGAGGCGCUGAGCUGGACGGAGGUGCAGAGGGUGAAAGAGAGGACGGACUAUGGUGUUGAGAGCUAUCAGCACAGGUGGCCGGGGGCGAAGAGUGGUGGGAACGAGAUUGAGCAGUGGGUGGUUACGUGGGGCGGCCAUAAUCAGGUCGUGACGAGUGCGGGGACGUCGGUCAUUGUGGCAAAGGCGUUGGGGCUAUAG